AUGGACUUGACAAAGAUCUCGGGUCUUGGGUUCGUGGGACUAGGGGCCAUGGGGCUUCCCAUGGCCGGCCACCUUGCUGCAAAGCUGCCCGACAACGUCCACAUGUACGUAUACGACAUCAACACAUCGAGUAUGGACCAGCUGCACAGUGACUACCCUGAAAGAGUGACAAAAUGUUCGAGCGCGAAGGAGGUGGCCGAUAAAUCAGAUGUUAUUCUCACCAUGCUUCCCGAGGGAAAACACGUCCGCUCCGUCUACAUGGAGGGGGCCGCUGACACCAUCUGCUCGAGUGACGUGGCAGGGAAGCUCCUGAUCGACUGCUCGACCAUUGACACGGCCAGCAGUCUGGCGGUCAAGGACUACAUCAACCAAAAAUUCCCCACGACGUCCUUCUACGACGCCCCCGUCAGUGGCGGCGUGGUGGGCGCGCAAAAGGGCACGAUCGCCUUCUUUCUCGGCUGUGACGGCGCGGACCCGAACCUGGCCUCCCUCACGCGCCUCCUGCGGUUGAUGGGCAAGGACGUGAUCCCCUGCGGUGGGCCCUCCAAGGGCCUGGCGGCCAAACUUUCCAACAACUACCUGUCCGGCAUCAUCGCCAUUGCCGUCUCCGAGGCCAUGGACAUGGGCAUGCGCUCGGGCCUCGACCCCCGGGUGCUGGCCAAGGUCUACGCCGCAGGCACGGCCCAGAACACCAUCUGUGACCGCUUCUGCCCCGUCCCCGGUGUCUACGCGGAAGCGCCGAGUUCCAAGGGCUACACCAACGGGUUCAAGGUGCAGUUGAUGCGCAAGGAUUUCUCGCUGGCCAUGGAAAUGGCCAAGCGCGUCGGCGCCGCCAAUGUCCUGGGCGAGGCUGGUCUAGCAACGUAUGAUGGUGCCAGUAAGGAUCCCCGAUGCAUGGAUCUGGACUCGAGAGUGGUGUUCCGGUAUCUGGGUGGGAACGAGGAUUGGCAGAAGGACGCCGACGAGGCUACGGCUAGCAAGCUGACAUAA